AUGGCUCAUCACGUACUCGCCUUGGCGUUGGCCUCGACUUGCAGUCUUGCAACGGCUCUUAGCACUCCUCAGGUGCUUCCUCGUGCCGCAAGUCCAUGCGCCGGUAACACUCCGACCACCCGCUCUCAAUGGUGUGAUUUCAGUAUCGACACCGACUAUCACACCGUAGUCCCCGAUACUGGAGUCACCCGAGAGUAUUGGCUUGAACUAUCGAGCGUCCAGGUAGCUCCGGAUGGCAGACAGCGCAGUGCAAUGGCCAUCAACGGCAGCAUCCCUGGACCUACCUUGAUCGCCGACUGGGGUGAUAAUGUAAUCGUCCAUGUCACCAACAACCUCGACCCUGCAUCCAACAACGGUACCAGCAUGCACUUUCACGGCAUCAGACAGAACUACACCAACGAGAACGAUGGUGUUACAGCCAUUACGCAAUGCCCGACGCCCCCGGGCUCGACCGUGACUUAUAAAUGGCGUGCUACUCAAUACGGCUCGAGUUGGUACCAUUCCCACUGGGCACUGCAGGCUUGGCAAGGAAUGUUGGGCGGUCUCGUCAUCAACGGACCAGCAACGCAAAACUAUGACGAGGACCUGGGGAUGCUGUUCCUCAACGACUGGGAUAUUCAAACAGUGGACGAGCUCUACCACGAGGCCGAGGCCUCUGGCCCACCGACUCUAGACCAAGGCCUGCUCAACGGCACAAACGUCUACACGUCCAGUGACAACCAGACCACCGGCCACAGAUGGAAUACGACCUUCACCGAGGGCAAGUCCUACCGGAUCCGGUUGGUGAACGGAGCCAUCGACACGCACUGGAAGUUCUCGAUUGACAACCACACCUUGACCGUCAUCGGGAGUGAUUUUGUGCCCAUCAAGCCGUACACCACCAACUUUGUAAGCAUUGGCAUGGGCCAGCGGUACGACGUGAUCGUGACGGCCAACCAAGCCGCGACCGCCGACGCCUUCUGGGUACGCGCAAUCCCUCAGUCGGCCUGCAGCGGCAACAGCAACGCCAACAACAUCCGCGGCAUCGUCUACUACGGCCAGGCUUCGGACCAAAUCCCGACCACGGCCGGGCACGACUACGACGACAGCUGCGACGACGAGGACCCGGCAAACCUGAUCCCACACGUGGCCAAGAACGUGGGCGCGAGCACGUGGGCCGACACCCAGACGGCGUCCGUGUCCUUCAACACGGAGAAUCUGUUCCGGUGGUACCUCAACACGACCACGAUGUUGGUGGACUGGAAGAACCCGACGGUGAUGCAGGUGGCGAGCGGCAACACGAGCGUCUUCGAGAGCUCCAACGCCGUCAUGGUGCUCGACAAGCCCGAUGAGUGGAUCUACCUCGCCAUCCAGACCACGCUGGCCGUGCCGCACCCGAUCCACCUGCACGGGCACGACUUUUACGUCCUGGCGCAGGGCGAGGGCGACUACCAGCCCGGCACCACGGCGCUCAACCUCGCGAACCCGCCGCGCCGCGACACCGCCAUGCUGCCCGCGUCCGGCCACCUCGUCAUCGCGUUCCAGACCGACAACCCGGGUGCCUGGCUCAUGCAUUGCCAUAUCGGCUGGCACACGAGCGAGGGCUUCGCCAUGCAGUUUGUCGAGCGCCAGAGCGAGAUGCUGGGGCUCAUGGAUCAGGCCGCCUUGGAGAGCAGCUGUUCCGCCUGGGCUUCGUACCAGACCACCAACAGGGUGCUGCAGGAGGACUCUGGUAUAUAA